GCGAUCGUGUACGCUGUGACUGGCUCUCUAAGGCUCCAGUUCACUCGGGUCUGGGAUUAACAAGCAGAGGGCAGUUUGUCCCGACGGCCGCUCGCCCAAGGAGCCUGAAAUGCUGAUGGAACUCGACUAUAACGGGCUGGACUCUGACCUUUGUCAGCAAUAUCCUCCGCCCUUACUGCCAAAACCGGGCAAGGACAAUGCGAGGCUUCAGAAACUGAAGAAAAAGAGAGCCAAGAAGAAAGGCAGCCUCUCCCAGACGCCCGUCCCCUUCCGCUCGUGCUUGUCGCCCGUCAACGAAGCGAGCACGGACCUUGAGCACAGUGACCAGUCCAGCCCCCCAAGGACACCGGACUCGGCCUUCAUCGCCAACCGUUACGACCAGUCUGCAUUCAUCAACCCUCCCUGUGCCCAAACCAACAGAUUUCCCAGUAAAUCCUACAAAGGCCCGAUCGGCACAUGUGAGGAGCAGAUAGCGCCACUUUACGAGUGUUCCUCUAUUCUAUUCGAUGAUGAUACUGUUCCCUUCACAAUGCCGCCUUUGGUUCCAUCACCACCCGAGCAGGUUCCACCUCCUCCUCCUCUUCCUCCUCCUCCUCCUCCUCCUGCUUUAAAUGCAAAUAUACGCCCCCAUUUUCACACGUCAGCCUUAACUGUCCCUUCCUCCCCUAAGAUAUCAACGCACAGCUUGACCCUAUCCCCAGCUGCCCCCAAAUGUGGCCCAGGCCUCGCACCUGAUCAAGUUGCAGACGUUCCCCCAGUUCCAGUGCUGCUAUCACUUUCUAAUCGUCAGACGCAAGCUUUUAUCCCCAGCCCUAGGGAGAAAAACACCAAGGACAUCUCUCAGAGCCAGACAUGGACCUGGACUCAAAGACCCACCAGUAAUGGCCACUUUGUGUCCUCUGAGAUAAGUGCCUCGAAAAUAUCACUAGUUGAAGCAGUUAGGGAGUCAAAUGACACCCUCCAAACCAGGAUUUACACUUCAAAGGCAACAUUCUACGAGAUUUCUAAGCCUCCUUCCAUCCAGAACCUCACAGCCAUGAACCCAGGCUACCAGGGAGCUUCCUUCUCUGCUGCCUACAAGGAUCAGAUGCUGUCUCCUUCCAGGACACAGAGUGGGCGACCCAAGACUCCUUCUUACACACCAGCCCGAGUGUCCACUCCUGUUUUUGAAAUCUCCAAACCUAACCCGCUUUUAUUUGCUUCAGGUCCUCCAUUAACCCAACCAUUACACUCUGCUGCUGUUUUUAAUGAGGCUUCACAGCAAACAAAAGGAAUUGAAACUGUCAGGACAAGCACGGCUGCUGUUUCCAGAGAAGAGCCAAAGUCAAGUGAUGGUAACCACAUCCCUUCCAUCAAACCAGCUGCUUAUUACCAGAGAGACAGAGGGAUUCAAGCUGGUUACAGGAAAACUCCAAAUCUAAGCUUCGCUUUCACUGAGUUGAACCAUCACAGUGACACUGACUCAGCUGUCUGCAAUCCAACCCAAAAACAACUCGUUGCCCCAAAACUAAAAUCGCAGCUGUUUGCAGAAAGCGAAGAGUCUUUGCUGCCAAAGCUUCCGAUGUUUCUCUCCUCAAAUGUGAACCGUGCACCAGUGUCUCCGACCCCCCUGUCAGCUACAUAUCAUCCUCCAGUGUUGGACGCACGCAAGUCUUUGAGUUCACUACUGGAGAAUCAAAUGUCAUUAGCGACCUCAAAACCCAAAUCACGCUCCACAUAUUACGGGCUCACUCCAGCUGAGUAUGUUGCCUAUGGAGGCAUCAGGACAAGCUGCAGCAGCCCUGUGCCCCCCAGGCUCGAUGACACCCCCACCGAACAAACGCAGCUCAACGGAUUUCAGGACCCUUCGUCUUCAGACGAGGCUCCUGCUGCUCACAGCUUACCAACGGCUUCAGAACAUUCAGCGGAGCAGAUGCUCUCAUGUAGCAAAGACGCGUCAGAAGAAAGUCAGUAUGAAUCUCACAACAUUGGAAUACAAGCACGUAAAUGGUCCAGCAUGGACACAGUAAAACUUGAGCUUCCUCUCGGCUUCGCACAGAAAACAGUGCAACAACCCACAAAAGCCUCAUACUCUGAGGCUCCAGUCCCUAAAGCAGGUGAGGUGCACACACUAAGAACGCCACUGUUUUAUGAAGGGGCAGCAGCAAACACGGCUACAGGCCCGGCAGAUAUCAGAGGCCCGCCUGGCUCCCCGCCCCCCCCUGCUAAAGUAGAGUCGAACACAGAAACACAGCACAGAGCAAAAAGGAUAGAUGUGCCUCUAAAGGUAGAAAUCAACAACCAGUCAGGACAAACAGAGCCAGGCUUCGCUCAGUCGUACCAAACUGUUGGCGUAGUAGCCAACGACAGAAGUCCUCAGUUUUCAGGGAGCUUUAAUGGCGCCGUCACUGUGGGAAAACCACUAGUCACCACUGAUCCAGACACUGCCACUGCUUUGUCCUCUGUGGCUGCGACUAAACAGUCUAAAGCAGUUAUUGCAGCAACAGGCUCAGCACUGCCCAAAGAGGCCGCCUCAGCUUGUGUGUGUUUAGCACAGUCCAGAAUGACAGACAGACGGAGGAGAUGGUGUGGACACUAAAUGGAAGCACAUCACUUCUUCUCAGGGGCCUUGUCACCUGCCUCCAGCUUGGGAGCAGCUUCUUUGGGCUCCCGGAAGGCGGGGAACACCUCCCAGGGUGAGUUCAGGU